AGAGAGAGUUAUAUCCUGAUUAAAGAAAAUAAAACCUGGUAUGAAGCUCAGCAGUACUGUAGAACAAACUACACCGACCUCGUCAGUAUAAAGAAUAAUGAUGAAGAUAAGAAAAUAAAGGAGAAAGCAAAUGGAACUGCUGUCUGGAUUGGUCUGUUCAAUAAUCCCUGGAAGUGGUCACACAAAGGGGAGUAUUCCUCUUUUCACAACUGGGGCAAAGGGGAACCAUACAGUGUAGGCAAUAAUAUCUGUGUGGAGAUGUAUGGUGCAGCGGGUGAGGAAAGAGGUAAAUGGAAUGAUGCUGGAUGCCAUUCCACCUCUCCCUUCUUUUGCUAUAAUGAAUCCUGUACAGACGCUUCCUGCACUAAAUACCACUUUGUGGCAACAGCUAUGAACUGGACUGCAGCUCAGACACACUGUAGAGAUAAAUACACAGACCUGGCCACUGUCCACAGCCAAGAGGAAGUAAAGCAACUCUCAGAUAUUUUAAACACUAGUACCAAUGCCUGGAUCGGGAUGUAUCGUGAUGUCAGUGAGAACUGGCAGUGGUCCAAUGGAGAUGAAGUCACCUACAACACGAGACGUGUCAAACUCUUCUGUGCUACAGUCAGUAAAGAUAGAGAUUGGACCGAUUCUGUCUGUCAUGAUACAAAACAUUUCAUAUGUUAUGACAGUCGUAAAGGUAUUUUCUUUUCUGUUAUGCUCUCUGUGAUGCGGUGUAUAGACCCCAAACUACGUCUCUCAAGCUUCUCCGGAGACACCAGAGAGAGAUAUAUCCGGAUUGAGCAACCGAAAACCUGGUAUGAAGCUCAGCAGUACUGUAGAAAACACCACACUGAUCUAGUCAGUGUAAAGAAUGAGGAUGAAAAUAAUAAAAUAAAGGAGAAAGCAAAUGGAAAACCUGUCUGGAUUGGUCUGUUCAAUAACCCCUGGAAGUGGUCGGAUGGGGGGGAUAAAUACACGCCUCAGAACUUGUCAGAAAAGCAACCUGACAAUUAUGAAGGCAAAGAGAAAUGUGUGACGAUUCAAAACAAAACUAAUAAGCUUACAUUAAAUGAUGAUCAAUGCAGCAAAGCACACCCCUUCUUCUGCUAUGACGAUGGCAGGAAGCUGUUCCUUGUGAAGGAGAAUAAAACCUGGGAGGAAGCCGUGGAGUACUGCAGAUCAAACCACACUGACCUGGUCAGCAUCGGGUCAAAGCAGGAGCUCCAGAGGGUGUACCGAAAGGCUAAAAAGGCCAGCUCUUCACAUGUCUGGCUCGGGCUGCUGCAGAGCUGUACCUUUGGCUUCUGGUACUGGGUGGACGGAGCCCAGUCCUGUUAUGAUAACUGGGCUCCAAAACCCCGAUCUCAGUCUGGGUGUAACCAGUGUGGAGUCAUGACUGCAAGGAACGGGUCAAAAUGGACUGAAAAACCCUGCACUGAGAGGUUCAACUUCAUCUGCUACAACGGUACAACUGGCUCUUCUCACUGAUGGCUCUCAGUGCUACAGCUUCUGCAGCAGAAUCAGCUUCUUCCUGUCAGGCUCUCUGCCAUUGCUUCAUGGGGACGAAUGGCUUAUUUUCUUUGGAUUUGGAAUGAUAUGUUAAAUGCAUUUUGUUAAAGUGAUAAUGCCCAAGGCUUUUACAGAUACACUUCAUGGCAAAUUGUUGUGUUCUUUUGCUGUGUUUUAGUUUUAUGGCUGGUUUAACACCCCUUUGAUUGACAUUUAUAUUGUGCUAUCUUAUCUAAGGUAACAUUACUGUAGGUAGCAGGUUUGUGCUAACACCAGUCAUUAGUUUUCUCAGUUUUUUUCCAACCCCCUUGGACACUCAAUAUGCUGUACUCUCUAGGUGGUGACAAGAUAAAUGGGCUCCACCUCAGUAAAAAAUAAAAUCUGAGAAAAGUUAACAAAUCUGCAGGAAAACCAAGUUGUUCCAGAACAGGGGUGGUCAAAGUUGGCCCUUCCACUGCUGGUCUUUGUUACAACCCUGUUCUAAAUUGUUAAAUCAAACCAAUUAAACCUCCAUCCAGACCCUGAAGGAGUUAAUUAUAUCAUUGUUUCUGUUAAACCUGGGAUGGAAUGGCCCUCCAGGGCUGUGAUUGGACACCCCUGUUCUAGAAUCUUUCUUCAAAGUUAUAUUUUUCUUAGUUGUCUGUACAUUGAUUGGUUUUAAGCAGUGUUGGGGAGAAACACAAUGCAUGUCAUGCAUUACUAUAACAUUAGUACAUUUUUCAGUAACUUGUAACAGUAGACAGGUAACUAAAUGUGUUAACAUACACAUUUUAUGUUAAUAAAUAAGUUACUUUUAGUGACAUUUCUUCUUUAAAAAAAUGCAUAACUUGGAUAUUAGAAAGCACUUCAACAGUGCAGGUCAAACCACACAGGUCACGUUAUCACCGAUAGCUAGAUCUUCAAUGAAUAUUUUGAGCUGUAGUCUGACCAAACCGAAAAACAAAUAGCUCUGUAAAAUGUAAACUGUGCCUGAGAAGUAACUAUUUGUAAACAUAACUAUAAAUAGUUCGAUUUUUUCCAAUAACUGUAAAGCAUUACUUUUUAAAAAGUAACUUCCCAACACUGUUUUUAAGUUAAACAUAGCCUCUGAUACAAUGUAAAAGCAUGUUUUUUCUAAUAUGAUUUAAGUUUUUAUAUUUGAAAUAUUUUUUUCUUUUUCAUAUUUUAUUGUGUUUGGUGUUUAAGUUGUAUUUUAAAAGCAUUGAAUAACCGUAGUUGACUUGAUUUACCUACAAGCCACCACUGGAUCAUUUUACAGCAGCAGGGAAUCCCACUGGAUUGAACCCGUCAUUGACCCGAGGUCACCCCUAGAAUGGGUGUCUGAUGUAAUCCAAAUGGGUUUCCCUGGUGCUGUGCUACACGCCAAUCAAAUCCAGCUUCGACUAAUGCCAGCUGGGUAUACAGUAGGCAGAUUAAAUCACUCCAUAGUAAUGUUUCCUGUAUCAUCCCUUAUAAAAGUUUAUCACGAUAUUGUUGCACUGCUGCCAUGCUUUUCUCAUGCUUAUACUAUGCAUUUACUAUAGUUUACCACGGUUUGCCAUGUUUAUUAAUAUGCUUUACCAUAUAGCACCUCUCUUUGGUUUACUAAGAUUUUACUGUGGAAAACUUUAUAAAGGAUUGAACACGCUUUUCUAUUUUAAAUCCGUGUUUUUAAAUUGACAUUACAAUAUAUAAAUAUAUAUAUAUAUACACAUAUAUUACUGCAUAACUGUCAUGUGUGUUCCCUCUUUGUUUCAAAACAAUUGUGAAAUAUAUAAAGGACAGUGAAUUAGUGAAAGGUCCAUACAGUGUGCAUACAAUUCACUGUCCAUAUGGACUAAAUUAUUUAAUUUGUGAAUAAUCUAAUUGUGAAAUUACAAAGGGAGCACCAGACAGUAUAUACACUGACUGGGACAUUGUUUAAUUGGAAAUGGGGUUUGUAUUGACCAGAAAUGAAAGUUGAUGUGAUUUGGGCUACUGUAACAUCACUUGUCUGUGGGCUCCGUGAUUACCUGUGUGCUGCCAGAAUUGUGCUUUCUAGCCAAUGAGAGGUUUAUCUGCAUGUUGCAAAUCCAGGAGUCUGUUUUAAUCAAUGGACACUUUGGUCAAUGCAGCCCCUGCAUGGACGGAGCCACUGACCUGGCCCCUGUGAAGUUACAGUGAUCCUUCCCAUUGAUCCUUCACACAGCUUAAUGGAUAAUGCAUAACAUGACAUAUUUCAAGACCACAUAGAUUUGCAUACAUUCCUCUAAUUUUCAGUCCAGUCAGUGUAUAUUAUUAUUAUUAUUAUUAUUAUUAUUAUUAUUAUUAUUAUUAUUAUACUAAAAACAAUUGCUUUAAAAGCCUCAUUUCUGGAAACAUCCCAGUAUCAUAGAGACUGUUUCUAAACGUUGAUUCUUUGAUUCUGUUAUGAACACUGUAUAGGUUUGCAUAGUGAUAAAGAAAGAACAAUUGAUGGGAUGUUAUGUUUUGGUAGUUUGGGGUGUUGUAUUGUCGAUUGUGAGAGGACAAAAUGGAAACUUAAAAUGCAAACAGAAACACAAAGUUCUUUAAAAAAAAUAGUAAUGUUAAGAAAUGAUUUGUAAGGCUACUGCAUAAAGCAAACAAAUAUGGUAUAAUAUUUUAAGUAAUGUAUUCUAUGCUUGCUGUAACUGCUUGGAUAAAAAAAAAAAAAAAUCAAUAAAC